AUGAGCCUCAAACUCGUCUUCGCCUUCUUCCUGGCUCUCAAUAUGGCCGUUCCAGUCGUCGGAUUGUCGUGCAACUGGGUCAACGACUGGAGAACUGAUGUCGUGCACGACAGGAAGUUCUGCACUGCCUACUUCGAGACCGGAGCCGGACACGCCUCAUUCGGAGGAUCAAAGGCUCAUCCAAAGGAACUGACCACCUUCAUGUACGACUUCAUGAAUGAGGCCGACGACUGUCAGCUACAGACUGGCAUUCCAAUCAUGGAUGGUUCCGGAGACACAACAAGCAUCUGGGCUUGCGUCUGCUAUGAAAGUCAUUGCAACUUCCCGUUCAGCUACGAAGAAUUCGUCCGUAGAGGUCACACCUUACGCCCAUCCUUCGUCCCAUCUGUCAUUCCUGGUGAAGAUGCUCCCGGACACCACUAA